GAGGGCAGAAAGCAGAUCCCAAGGGGUAUGACCAGUAUUGGGUCCGCUGCAAACUAUACACGAAGAUUUUUGUGGUAUCAAAGACCCGGGCGAUUGAGCACUUCAUCAAGAAGGGCAAAGCUGCCAAAACAUGCCCGUACAUGACUGGGGAGAUGCUGCAUCUGUUGGCGCUGAGAGGGGCCACCAUUGACGGGGAUGCAUCGAAGAGGAUGCUCUAUGAGUACAGGGUCGACAAGGGCAUUGCAGAGGACACAAGGGAUGGCGCCUGGGGCAAAUGCGGACAAGACGGUGGUGGAUGAUAUUGAAAAGGACUUGCGGCCACCUCCAGCACCCGACCGAGAGGUCCGAGGGGCCAAGGAUGAUAUCGAGGGCGGGAUGAAGGACGGAGAAGCCAUCACUUCUGUGACGCCCUCUAGUACGGGGUCCUCGUCUGCAGCAAAGUCCGGAAAGCCUAAGCAGGCCUCCAUCCGACGGUGGACAGAGAACAUCGCACAAAAGAGGCUUGAUAUGCAAUGGGGAGGGGCGUUGUUUCGCUCUGGCGCGCCCUUCAAUUUCGUUCGCGUUGAUGAGUCAUGGACCCUUCACGACUUGUACAUGGAGUUGGCGGCAGCGAAGGCGAAGGUGGACGUGCCCACCUUCGACACUUUGCGAACUGUGAUUCUGGAUGUUGUGUACGAGGAGGCUCCUUCACCAAAUGAUGAUCCCGUUCUCCCCGACCCUUUGGUGGAGGAUGAGGAAGAGUCCCGGAGGCUAUCGAACUUGAGGAAGACCUUGAAGGGAAGGAUUCCGGUUGGGGGGGGUUCAGAUGACUCAGACACUAAAUCUAGUGAUGAGGAGCUCAUAUGGAGCGGGAAACCGCAUGAGAGGAGGACUCCACUGCCACGAUCAGCAAAGGGGAAGGCUGUCAUGGACAUAGAGAAGGAGGAGGAGGAGGAAGACGAGUAUUUGGAUGAGGAGGAUUGUGACCCUGACUUCACUGUUGUUCCGCCAUCAUAUGACAACGAGAAUGAAGAUGAUGUGGCAUGUGAAGAAAGUUUCAAUGUUCCCGAUGCUCAUUUGGAUAGGAUGGAUAGCGAUGUGGAGUGCUGGUCGGAAGAGCUGCAACGACACGCAGUGGACACAGGCUCCCAUGACGAGGUUGGUAGGGCUGUAGCAAAAACCAUGGCAGACAGGGACCAAAAUCUCGUGAAACAGCGCAUUCAGGAGGAAGAUGCACGUCGCGCGACAGCCCCCCUUUGUUCGAGACCACUUAUGCCCCAACCGCCUCCCGGAAUGAGGGGGGACAUCCAAGAAAGGGUUCAGAAACACUCAAAACCGCCGGCGGACCAGUAGGAGAGCGAAGCCCAACGACAAGCACAUGAACAACAACACUCGCAAGUCGAGCAGCAGCAAGCGAG